AUGCCCCGGGGCAGACGCGGGAGCCGGGUGGGCGUCCUGGACGGCGGCCGGGAGGAAGGGGCGCCCCUCCAGACGGUCCCCUCGCCCUCGGCGCUCGGCGGGGGCCCGCGGCUGUGGGAGGCGGCGGCCGAGCAGGUCCUGCUUCGGGGCAUCUUCGAGAUCGGGCGGGACAGCUGCGACGUGGUGCUGGGCGAGCGCGCCCUGAGGUGGCGGCCCAUUCGGCCCGAGCGCCCGGCGGGUGAUUCCAAAUCUGAUUUGCCAUGCACAGAAGAGUUUGUUGACCUCAAGGACAUAUUCUCUGUGAAGCUGAAGCGACGCUGCUUUGUUAAGCAGCACAGCGGUGGUACUUUGCUAGGUAUCACGCUUUUCGUCUGCGUGAAAAAGGAGCCAAACAAAUUAAAGAAUUCUACACUGGAUCUUAUCAACUUAAGUGAAGACCACUGUGACCUAUGGUUUACACAGUUCAAGAAAAUACUGGCCGGUUUUUCAAACAGACCGAAGGCUUUAAAAAUACUCCUUAACCCGCAAAGUCACAAAAAAGAAGCUGUCCAAGUCUAUUAUGAAAAGGUAGAACCUCUGCUGAAGCUUGCAGGAAUAAAGACUGAUGUAACCAUAACUGAAUAUAAAGGGCAUGCGGUUUCCCUACUUAAUGAAUGUGAACUCCAGGGAUUUGAUGGUGUUGUCUGUGUUGGAGGUGAUGGAUCUGCUAGUGAAGUAGCCCAUGGAUUGCUUCUUAGAGCUCAGAAGAUUGCUGGGAUGGACACAGACCACAUCCGAACUCCUGUCAGAGCACAGCUUCCACUAGGCAUAAUACCAGCAGGCUCUACUAACGUAUUGGCACAUUCUCUUUAUGGAAUACCUCACGUUGUAACUGCAACUAUGCACAUUAUACUGGGGCACAUGCAGUCAGUUGAUGUCUGCACCUUUAGCAACAUGGGCAAGCUUCUUCGCUUUGGGUUCUCAGCCAUGUUUGGUUUUGGUGGAAGAACUCUGGCUCUGGCAGAAAAGUAUCGAUGGAUGUCUCCUAGUCAACGGAGAGAUUUUGCCGUGAUGAAAGCAUUGGCCAAACUUAAGUCAGAGGAAUGUGAAAUAUCAUUUUUACCAACUGACAGCUCUCAGGAUGAACAAGAAAUGAGGGCACAGGCAUCUCCAGAAUCUGGCUGCUGUGGUACUCAGUGGCAAGUGAUCCAGGGCCAGUUUUUGAAUAUCAGCAUCAUGGCAAUUCCCUGCCUAUGUUCAGUGGCACCUAGAGGAUUGGCACCUGACACCAAAUUAAAUAAUGGAAGCAUGGCUCUCAUAGUUGCACGAAAUACUACUCGGCCAGAAUUUAUAAAACACCUGAAGAGAUAUGCCAGUGUAAAAAAUCAGUUUAAUUUUCCAUUUGUGGAGACCUUCACUGUUAAAGAAGUAAAAAUUCAACCAAAGAAUAAUACCAGUGGAUACAACCGAGAGCAUGAGGGUGUAACUCAUGAAUCUGUUUCAGAAAACAGUUUCCCUUGGAAUGUAGAUGGUGACUUAAUGGAAGUUUCAUCAGAGGUCCAUGUUAGAUUACACCCAAGACUUAUCACACUUUUUGGAGGAAGCCUGAGAGAAAUGGAUGAUUCCCAAGUAACAUGUAAUUGUUUAUAAAAGAAAUAUAUAAAGUAGAAAUUUAUCAUGAAGGAAUUUGGUUAUGAUUUAAGCAGAUAUCCUAAGAGAAAAUGUUUUAGGAGAAAUGGGUAGUUUAACAAUAAUAAAAUUAAGUUUCUAAACCUUUGAAAAUCAAGAUGAAACACAAAGUGAACCUAAAGCAAUGGACACUCCAGGCUUUAGAGGCAUUUACUGGAAAUGAGUAAACAUUUUACAUAAUUAUGCUACAUCAAGGUAUAUAAACAAAUUUUCUGUACAAACAUAACAGAUAUCUCAAAACUGCUCUCAGUUCACUGAUAAGAGAACUAAUUGAAGGGUUAAAUUUCAAACUCAUACAGCUAAUUAAGUGAUAGAACCAGCUAUAACCACUCAUUUUUUUUCAAAAUCUUCCCAAUACCUAGACUGUUGAACUCAAAAGAAUGACAUGGUUUUUAAAUUUUUAAAAACUUACCAUACAGAUAAAUUUAAAGUUUAUAAAAAAGUUAUAUAGAAAUACACAAAAAUAUAUUUCUAACUGGGCAAAACUUAGCCCAGGAGGUAGCUGUGUUCCUCAUGUGCCUGAAAGACUUGGGCCAGUUAAUCAGAGCACUUGGUUUUCAGUGUAAAAAUUCAAUUUUAACUUUCCUCAGAGAUCAUUGCUUGAAAAGACAGUUUUUGAUGAAUGAUCAUUGGUAACUGCCAGAAAGAAUUGCUUGACCUAAAAUACAUCUUUUGUACUCAAAAAGGUGUUCCUUAAAAAUGUAUCCAUUUAAUUAAACA